UACUUUUUUUUUAAUUGCACGUAACUUUCAAAACAAAACAAUAUUCAUACCGGAAAAUGAUAAUCCUGAAUAGAUGUUCGCCUAUAAAACAGAUUCUGAGGCGCUGUCAUCGUCAGGCGGUUGAAAGCGGCAGUAUUAAAGCAAACUUAACCGCAUACUUUGGGAAAUGGCCCGAAAAUGAGAAACAGGAAUUCCGGCAGCACAUGCGUAUCAUCCCGGAUUUCAUUAGUGAAUCGGAGGAACAACAGCUUCACGAGGAAAUCGAACCCUAUAUGAGUCGCCUGCGCUACGAGUUCGACCACUGGGAUGAUGCCAUUCAUGGAUUUCGGGAGACCGAACGGAAGAAGUGGUUCCCUCACAAUCGAGAAGUUCUGGAGCGCGUGCGUCAAGUAGCUUUCGAUGGAGCAAUUAUGCCCUAUGUUCACAUCCUAGAUCUCGCACCGGAUGGCGUUAUAAAACCACAUGUGGACAGCACUCGAUACUGCGGCACCACAAUCUCUGGAAUCAGCCUCCUGAGUGACAGUGUGAUGCGACUCGUGCGCACGGAUGCCCAGCGGUACCAGCAGCAUUCAGCAGACGCUGCAACGGAACCGGAAUCCAAGGGGUCAGAACCCGAUGCAGCUUAUCGCCAUCAGCCGGUGGCGUCACUGGAAAACAACUUCUACGCUGAUCUCCUGCUGCCACGUCGCUCCUUGUACAUAAUGAGCCACACGGCUCGCUACAAUUUCACGCACGAGAUCCUGGCCAAGGAGCAAUCCGAGUUCCAGGGGACGCCGGUGCCGAAGACACGUCGCAUUUCCAUUAUUUGUCGCAACGAACCCUAAGAGUGUCAUUAAUUAUUUGCUGGAAAUGUGUUUCGGUGCAACUGAAGUCAAGUCGUUUGCUAAAUAUUGUAAUUUAUCCAGUUGUUAAUUAAUAUAUUAUAUAGUUGCUAUAAAUUGUAUAUAUUACGUAUGACAUUAUUAAAAAAAGUCUUCACGAG